CUCUACAGGAGGGUCCUACAGUAGUUCAGAGAGACGAGCAGUGGUUGCCAAGUUAAAACGCCGUAUGAGUGCGUGAUAGAAUGGUAUUGCUAACAUUAUGGACAAGACACCUAUACCCUGCCGUAAAGAUUCCCAUCUGCUCACUGCAAGGCAGCCGGAGAGACGCAGCGAAGAUUCAUGCACCACGUCAGCGUCCCUCGCCGACUGCAUCCGAAAAGCUCGGUCCGAGUUAGCAACUUCAUUACCAGGAGGGGGAGCCACCUGCAGUGAAGCCGGCGGGGGUCGCAGGCUGCAUGUAGUGCGCCAUGGAGAGAGGGUCGACUUUACGUUCGGUGGCGACUGGUUCCUUGAAAAUUGCUUCGACUCAUCGGGAAACUACAGGGUUCUUGACGCGAACCUGCCGACAGAAAUCCCGCGCCGCGCCGGCGCCCCCGCGACCUUCGACCGCGACUGUCCCCUCACCAAGGUCGGCGUCGCACAGGCUGCAGCAACCGGGGUUGCGAUGUCGGACGCCGGAGUCGCGAUCACCCGCGCUUACUCAUCGCCCGCGCUACGCUGCGUGCAGACGGCGCGCGAAAUACUCGCCGCGCUCGGAGUCGACCGCCAGGUGGCGCUGCGGAUCGAGCCGGCGCUGUUCGAGUGGAUGACGUGGUUCCGGGAGAUCCGACCGACGUUUCUGACCGCUGCGGAGAUGCUGGACUUUGGUUUCAACAUCGACACGUGCUACGAGUCGAUAAUGGAGGACAGAGAGCUUCACAUUGACGAGACGUUGGACGAGUACUACGCCCGCAGCCACCGCGUCAUGCGCGCCAUCGUCGCCGCGGCAACGCACGACGACGACGACAUCCUCGUCGUCGCUCACGGCGCAUCGCUCGACGUACUUACGCGCAACCUGAUUGGUCGGCUGAGCCGCGACGAGCAAGAGUUCCAGCGGGUGCUGUCGAGAACGCCCUACUGCAGCGCCGCCGCGUGCGAGCAGACGCCCGACGGAUGGAGGCUGGUGGCGCCACCUGCCAGGUCGUUGAGACACGAGAAGUCAUUUCGCCACAACAUUCUCGAAGUGCUUCAGUGAAUGUAGUGGUAAACUCCGAAUGUUUUGCGUGAAAUAAGUGUUAAAGCUCGGAAUGUUUAUUUUAGAUAUACUAAAAUAUAGGCUCUCUUGUCAGAAACAUUGUAGUUAUGACUAAUAUUAUGACUAAAAUACUUCUGACGAUUCACUGGGUUAUAUACAAAUUAUAUACAAAGAGUGCUUAAAAAUCAAGCAAUUCAAUGCAAGUCGUAUCUUUCCUAACAGUAUUGAUUUUUAUAUUAUGUAUUUGUAUGAUGCUAGUAUUUAUGAAAUUAAGAACAUAUACAGUAUUACAGAAAAUGUGCAUUGUUUGGCGUA